CCGGGCUCUAAAGCAUUAUCCUUUCCACCUACCGUCACCAUAUCAUAUAUAUGGACUACCCAUGGGAUGAAGAUGUUCCCUAUCGAUUUUGGGGUCAAAAGGUCAAAGGUCAAGCACACUGGACAUUGAAGUAGCAAUAUGGUUUCCGGGCUCUAAAGCGUUAUCCUUUCCACCUACAGUCACCAUAUCAUAUAUAUGGACUACUAAUGGGAUGAAGAUGAUCCCUAUCGAUUUUGGGGUCAAAAGGUCAAAGGUCAUGCGCACUGGACAUCAAAGUAGCAACACUCAGAAAAGAGGUAGUUUAUACCUAUUACCAACACCCUUUGGGAGAUUGGGGUAAGCGGGGGGUAUUCUUAGUGAGCAUAGCUCACAGUACCUCUUGUUAAAAUUUGUGAAAUUCAUGGCCCCUGGAUCAGGGGUUCUGGUGCUAGGGUGGGGCUCUAUAAGUCAUAUAGUGAAAAUGCAUUAUUUCUUUGAAAAUCUUCUUCUCUGUCCUUGGGUAUUAAGUAGACAAACCAAUAGCAUGGUUAUGAUGAGCAAGGAUGCCUCUUUCAAAAUUGUGAAAUUCAUGGCCCCUGGGUCAGGGGUUCUGGUAUUAGGGUGGGGCCCUAUUGAUCAUAUAGUGAAAAUGCAUUUUAUUUCUUUGAAAAUCUUCUCCUCUGCUGCUGGGUAUUAAGUAGACAAACUAAUAGUAUGAUAAUGAUGAUCAAGGAUGCUUCUUUCAAAACUGAAAUUUAUGGCCCCUGGGUCAGGGGUUCUGGUGCAAAGGCGGGGCUGACCACAUAGCUAUUCAAUGUUUCUUCCAUCCAAAAGUAAAAUUCUUAUAUUUAAACACAAACCUAAUUCAAACAUUGGAAGGUUGUUACAUGAUACUCAGGUGACCUAUAAGGCCCCUGGGCCUCUUGUCUAUUCAGGGAUCAAUAGGCAUUUUUUUUUUAAUUGCUGACUUUGUAGCAGGUAUGAAAGAAGAACUGGAAUGGAUUUUCUUUAUGGUAUCUACAACAUUGUCACAGCCUGGCUGUGGCUUUGGACUUAUGACCUUUGACCUAGAAAUCAUAAGCAUCUUCCUCUCCCUGUCAACUAUAGCAUCUUGGUAGCAAGUAUGAGACUGAUACCAUAAAAGUAAUCCUAAUGUGGUAUCCUUGUGAUUAGUUCCGAUAACCUUGACCUAUGACCAUUUGGCAUAGAAGUCAGUAAGCAUUUCUUCACCUGUCAUCAAUGUAGCAAGUAUUAGACCGACAGGGGAUGCUUACUCCUCCUAGGCACCUGAUCCCACCUCUGGUGUGUCCAGGAGUCCGUGAUUGCCCAACUAUCUAUUUUGUAUUGCUUGUAGGAGUUAUGAGAUUGAUCACUGUUCGUUAUCUUCACCUUUCACUGAUAUCUUGAAAUGCAUUUUUAGCUCACCUGAGCUGAAAGCUCAUGUGAGCUUUUCUCAUUAGAAUUUAUUGAUCUGUGAAAUAUUGACCUUCAUUUUGAUAUUUCAACGUCUCAAAAACCACUACACCAAUUUCAACUAAACUUUGCACAAAGCAGCCUUGAAUUAAGUGGAUUCAAGUUUAUCAACAUGACAGAUCACACCCCCAUCUGAAGGAAUUAGUAAAUAAUUAGAGGAAUGUUUGAAAGAUCUUAACAAGAAUUGCUGGUCCAGAAAAGCCACAACCUCUCCAUGGAAAUUUCAAUGUUCAGUUUAUGAUCCUUAAAUUCAAGGUAGGGUCACAUUAGGGUUUUAUGAUUUUACAUAAGAAUAUUAAUAGGAAAAUUUUUAAAAACCUUUUCUCAAGAACUACAUUGAAGGAUAUAAUAUGUGUAAUUGAUAUGCUAGAAUCCUGAUGUUUGUUAGUGUGUUGUUUUAGUCCCAUUGGAGAAUUUUUCACACAUGUCAAAAGCUUUAGGUUAAAUGCCACACAUUCUAACCUAUGCAUGGUGCUUAUGGCUGUGGCAGUGAAGGUUCUUUAUCCUUCCAAUUCCCACUGUGACAUGGAUCGAACCUCCAUUUGAUUUUAAAAUCUGAAAGAUAUUGGCUUCUACUUCGUUCUAAUACUGGCCACUUGGCGAAGGAACAGGCUAUGUUAAACACCUUGGGUUUGACGUGGUGCUAAAAUUGAGAAUUGGAUACAGACCUCCCAGUUGUGAUGCAAGUGCCCUAACCACUAUCAGUACUGUAUUAAGUGGUAAAAUCUUGAUUAAGUGUAUGUAGGUUUAUAUUUGUUCACAUCAUGACCCAUGUGUUCACAGGUGAGUGAUGUGGCCUCUGGGUCUCUGCUUUAUAUGGUGUCCAUAACAUUUCUUUGGAUGUGCUAAAUACACAUAAUCACAUAUUUGUAUGUUUCUAUAUUAUAUAAGCUAGUAUAACCCUUGCAAUGGGUUGGACAAUAAAGCAAAAGUUGCGCUUAAUAAAUGUGACUUUGAUAUGAAAUGUCUUGAUGGUGUGAACCUGCAUUUUGAAUUAAAUGUAUAGACCUAAUCUCUCUCGUAGUAGCUCUAUCUCAUGUAAUGCUAUUGAGAGAGAAUUCUCUAUCUAUGUAAAGACAACUCCUACUGUAAAUACAAGAGAAGUGUUAAAGAGAGAUAACUCAUUCUCUACAGAUGUGCACACUUUGCAAAUGACAUAUGUUCUUUGAUACAUAUAUAUCGUGUAAAGUACUAAAAAGGCUAUUUGUAGAUGAACAAAACAAAUAAGUGCAUAUACAUGUAAAAUAAAAUCUAUACAGGAAUAUGCAAUUUCAACUUGUGCAUAGUAUGAUUUAAAACAACAUAUUAGAUAAGAUAACAUUGAUUAAAAAUCCCUCCCUAGACAAUGCAAUUUUCUGAUACAAAAAAUAUAAUGUAAUUAAAUGAAUUAAAAAAAAAAAAAAGAAUGAACAGAUUAAUAAUGAAUAAAAAAGUAGAUAAAGCAAGAUUCAAAUAAAAAGGGUUUGUACUCAUUUUAAAAUAUUGCAAAGCUGUCAAGAUUUACAUUCCUGUCUGAUCUUAUUAGUAAUCUCAGGUGUUGUUGUUAGAUAUAAUUUUAUAGUUUUACAUAAUCACAGCAAAUCUACACCACCCUACAGUCAUUUUCUUUGGUAUUCAAUUUGUAUUGGCCAUAGGAGUGUGUAAAAUACCUGUGACCUUUAACCCCCAUGUGAUGUCAUCCAGGUAAAUCUGCUGCCAUUGAAUCAUGACUAGAGAGAUAUUAAUAUAACUAGUAGUGUAAAGAUAACAUAGGUGAAUACAACUGAAACAAAAGCGUGGAGGAGAGAUUACGUGGAGGAUAAUUAGUUGAACGGAAAGUUUACACUUUGUCAUUGCUAGACAGUGGUUGAAUAAUGUCAGAAGAAUGAAGAAUUUGUGGGAUAUGGAGAAAGUUAUGCACAUCUGUCACUCGCUGUCUACUUAGGAUGCUAAGCAUUUUCAUUCCACCUGUGUGAAAAUUUCAGAACAUUUUUUCCUCUCUUUUUGAAUGGAUUUAUUGGAUUUUUGAACUUUGGGAAUCUAAACCUUUUUUCUAAAGGAAGAAAUAACGAAUACAAUUUUUUUUAUUUAUUUGGAAAUUAUUUUCUUUAUAUGAGACUUAGUGUGAAGUGAUCAGUGGUGUAUGUUCUGUGUUAUCCCAGUACAAAUCAAUGUUUUCAUAUAAAUUAAUCCUAACAGAAUGGGAUAAUAUUUUAAAUUCAUGUUGAAUUGAGCUUAAUAUCGGAGGACUACCUGUGAUUUUGUCAUGAUUCGAGGGAAGCGGGAGGGCCAGGGAUAUGCCUCCUGGUUCAUUGGACUGGACAAUGAAAUUGAGUCUAUAGGACCAGCUCCCAUUUCAACGACGACACUAUCUCGUGCAUCCUCUGUGGAGACGCUGAACCAUAGCAACCGAAAAAACUACUACAACAACAGCACUGCAGAAGUGCAAGUGGACAAUAUUCCCAAAGAGAAAAGCAAAGAAGACAUCUACAAAGAAGCUUUUGAACACUACAAAGAAACAGAGGAAAAGAAAUUUAACUCCAAGUUUAGCUCUUUUCUUCAUGACUUACAUCAGUCUCUAGAACAACCUGUUCUCAAUGGAGGGUCUAGUUAUGGAAGUACCUCCUAUGGAGAAGUUUUGGAAAAGUACAAGUCACGAUUACGAGAACUGCUGGUUGGUGUUUCACAGCGUUUGGAAAUGGCUGUUGAAAGUUUUGACAGCAACCCUUGCCAGUCAGCCUCAGAUACUUCCCAGAAAGUGAAGAAGCUGGUCUCCAAAUUAGUGGAAGAGAGUUUUGGAGAAUCCAUAGAUGUUACAUCUGAUGAAGCUGUGUCUGAUUUGUCCUCAUUAUCAGACGAUUCUUGUGACAACCAAGUUAAAUCAUUCGAAGAUCAGCUCGCUCAUGCUGUGGUAGCCAGGGUACUAGAAAAUUUUGGUAGAGAUAGAAAUAUAGACAUUCCAUUAGACUACAUUGAUGGUAAUGCUUUAACAAAUCAAGUGACGGAUGGUCGAUCUCAUGACUCGGACAACAAAUCUCACCCCGAUCUCACAAGCCGAGGUGCCUCAUCAGAUGAGGAGAACAGUGUGGUGACUAAAGUUGAGCGCCGCUCGCACUCAGGAUACAGCGAUUCUGGAAGAUUAGACGUUGAUGAUUUAGAUGUUAGUGAUUCUGUGAGUGAUUCAGAAAAUAGGUUACAUCCAGCAGAUGAUAGUGUUUCUAGGGAUGUAUUAAGACCAGUAUGUGGAACCUUAGAUGACAGUAGUUUCGAAGUGAUAAGUGUAAAAGACUUGGACCUUGAAAAUCAUGAGGAUCUAGUGGCUUGUGAGAAGGUGGAUCAGAGAAUUUCAGGAGAGGUAGAAGAAGAGGACAUAACCACAGAAAGUGUUCACACCAAUAACAUACAUCAGGACUUUGAAGAACUCAGACGUAUUGCCAAAGAUAUCCAAUCACCUCGACAUGAGCUUCAGACUCAUGAAAUUCAGGAAGAGAUUGAAUUUGAUGAGGAACCGAUUGAACCUGUGACUGUGAAUCGUGAGGAAUCAAAGAGUGAAUUUGUGUCGCGGUUGUCUACCUAUGACCGUUUGCAUGACACUGAGAAAUACUUACUCCCCGACUUCUCAGACGAUUAUGAAGACAAUGAAUUUUUCCAAAAUGAGGUUGACCCAGAUUUGUUAUCCAUGAAUCUUGCUCCGAUCCUUGAGGAGGAUGAGGAGAAUUACCAGGAGGAGGAAAAUGAGGAAGAAACUUCUUUAAACUCCAGGUCCACAGAAGAGAGGAGUUGGCGUGACAACUGGAUCUUUAACCGAUCUAACCUCUCUCCAUACUCCAGUCUGGGGGGUGGGGGGCUAGCGGGGAGGACCCUGGAUGAGGUAUACCUUACUGUUCCUCAGCCAGAUGAUGAUAUUGCAGCUAGGGUGGGAAACAGUGCUGAUGAGCAGGCAGAUUCCAGGGAUGUUGAUCAAAUGUCUGAUGACCUGUCUGAAGGUCACGAAGAAAAUUUAAUAGAUGAUGAAGUAUCCUUCUUUGCCAAAUCUGUGGAUGAAAUAGCCAGAAUCACAACCCGGAUGACAUCAUCAUCCCCAUACCUCCGCCCAUUGUCCUCUACCAGUGUGCAGACAAUAGAUUCAGACACUUCAAUUAGACACACCUCUGUCUCCAAAAAGUCCAGCGCCAGUAGAACUGAGCCCACCUACAUAGAGGAACUGAUUCCAGCGGAGGGAGAUGACCCAAAAUUUGAUAUCCCACCAGAAAGUGUGACAAUUAAGGAGGGGGAACCAGCUAAAUUUAGCUGCAGAGUCAGUGGAACUGAACCAAUAGACGUGAUAUGGUACAAAGUAGAGGAUGGUGAUUUACAGCAAUUGGAGGAUUCAGAGGAUUAUGAGUUCACUCAGGACAACAACAGACAUGGUGCUACGGUGUUCAACACUGCCAAGAGUAUGGCAGGACAGCUGAUGUGUAUGGCCAUUAAUGAAAAGGCACACUGCUCUCAGUCCUUCAUACUCAAAAUUAGAAGUAAUAACCAAGAAAUGAAGAAACCCGAGUUCUUGAAAGAAAUUGAAGAUCAAGAGGUUAAGGAAGGUCAUCAUGUCAAAUUUAGGGCAAAGGUCAAAGGUUAUCCACUUCCAAGAGUUGUCUGGUACAAAGAUGGUAACCUGCUGAAAAAUGAUACAAACUACAAAAUAGAAAAGUUUGGAAAUAGAGAUUACCUUUUGAAUAUAGAAUAUGCAACCCCUGACGAUGAUGCAGAAUAUUGGGUUGUUGCCAAAAAUGUUGCAGGGGAGACAAAAUCCACAGCCCAGUUGAUUGUUCAGUCCAAAGAACUCGAUGCCUCCCCCAAGACAAAUGUGAUGAUAAACUCCACACCAAUCAAAUCCAAGGAUGACCAACAACUGUCCAACAUGGGGCGAAAGCUGUUCAUGACCCACGAGAAAGUCCAGGAGGAAACCCAAAGCAUGGUGGAAUCUGCCAACAAACUGGCAGAAAUGCACUCCUCACUGGAUCAGUUUGAUGCCAUGCUCUCCUCAUUUGAGGCUGAGAUGGAAGUGUGUGAGUCAUCAACUCCUCGCCCUCCUCCUCCCUCAGAGUUUGCUGAUGAGGAUGCUCUGCUUAAGCAUGAUCUGCGUGAGGGUGUGGAGAGUUAUAACAGCAUGAAGGAUGCAGCAUCAAAUAUACGUAAUACCACCUCAUCUGCCUUACAACUGUUGAAAUCCACAGAAAAUCUCAUCAAUACCCAACCAGAUGAAGAUUUAUUUGCAACAAGCUCUCCACAGGAGAGCACACUAUCUCCCACAUCACAGCAGGACCAGGUUAAUAACAAUGUCCUUAUGGACAUUGAAAUAAAUGCAGAAAAUGUUGUAUCAGAAUCUGUAACAAAUGUCCCACACUUUAUGAAGUCUAAUGAGAAAAAUGCAGAAAAUAUUAUAUCAGAACCAAUAACAAAUGUCCCACACCUAGAUUUAUCUGAACACUCGGAAAUGACAGACAAUGAUCAUGUGACCUAUGAAACUGUGAAAGAACCUGCCUCAAGGAUACUUCAGAAAUCUGUGAUAGAGACUAGGUUAUCCAAUGAGGAUGAAGAACCAUCAGUAGUGAACUUUGGUCCGAAGGAGAUAUCUGAGGAAUUGUAUGGACGAGACUUUUAUGUGCAGGGUGAGAAGAAAAAUUCUCCUCGACACUGGGAGGUUAAAGUACCGCAGUUUUCACCCCGAGGAAGCAGAGUUGUGCCCCAGGAGAGUCUCCAGGCAACUGAGGAGGAGAUAUACAUUGCAUUUGGCCACAUCUGUAAUUUGGAGGAAAAAAUUCAGAACCUAGAAUAUAGCUUAAAACACACUCCUCUGUCACAAAAGAGAAAACUUGAAGACCUAGAGGAUGAAGUGGCUUUAAUUGUGGCACACACAAAUCUCACGGAACAGCGUGUUGUCAAUGUGGAGCGACAGUUGGAUUUGAACAGCUGUCCGUCUAUAACCACUGGACACACAACAGAAGAGAGCAUCAGCAGCCUAUCCCCAAGUCUCUCCAUAGACUCGGGAUUUUCCUCCAUCCGAGAAAAACCCCAACAGACACAGAUGUUUGGUGAGUCCAGUGAGAUGGACAUUCCAGAGAGUCGCACAGAAUUCAACGAGGAAAUGGGAGUUGCAGAGCUACCAUCUGUGAACCGCCUGAAGGCCCUGUUCAGCACUGGGAAGGGAAACGACUCUUCAUCAGUGAAGCGGUUUGAAAAUGUUCUAGACUCAGGGGUACACAGCAUAACUGGUCGUAGUGUCCCCAAAGAGAAACUUGAAAAAUACAGGAACUCCUCAUCCCCCAUGACAAAACCUAUUCAAUCCCCAGAUGCAUCUACCCCAGGAAAGAGUACUUUGACUGUGACCUUGAGCUCAAAACAUCCAGGGACAAAACAGAUUAAUGCUGAACCCACCCAGAUCUUUCCUGAAAAGAAAGGAGAAUUUUUCCCUGAAUUUUCACAUGAGAAAUCUUGGAGUGACACUGUCAAGUCUACAAAGGUAGUAACUAGUACAAAAACCAAAGCUGCCCCUCCACCUCCUUUAUCACAAACUAAUCAGCCAACAACUGCAGGGUCAAGGACACAUGAUCAGAGUGACACUGGGUCAAGGUCAAAUGUGCAGUCCCAUAAUGCACCUAAAGCAUCAUCUUCAGUUUCUCAACCUAAAGGCAAAACAAGAAUAAGGUUCGGGUGUACAACGGCUAGAGCCUCAUUCUGGGAGAAGCGUAUUCAUGGAGAAGAAACGAAAGAGGAAGACUUUCCAGAUAUGGUUGAACAUGUUGAUGAAUAAAUGACAAUUUUUUUAUGAAAUCAGGGAACAGGACUCGUACAUUCUACAUUAUAUAACAUAGUAUAACCUAAUACUAAUACAUUCGUAACACUCAUUUCUGCUGAAUAUAUUCUUAUAGAUAUUAUAUGUCUUGCUGUGGAAUGAGACAAACUAUUCAUAAAAUAUCCUAUGACAAUAUAUGCAAUAUUAUUGGUUUAACAUAUUACUGAGUACCUUAUUUUUAUAUUGGAUAUAAUCAGCACGAUACUGUCAUUUAACUAGGCUAAUCGGUGCAUAUUUUUCUUUGUUCACCUGAUUUACACUGUAAUGGAGGGUUUGUACAAGGAGAAGGGUCCAGGACUGGUAUUCUGGUGCACUGUGAUGUAGUAUUGAAGUGGAAAGUUGUAUUAAUAUUUUGUAUGUAUUUUCUUCCCCAACUACAUACUAAGUACAUGUAGAUGUUAACAGAGUUCAAAGAUAAACUGUUAACUUCAUUUUUAUUUUAUUUUUUACUGGAAAUGAAUUAUUUUCAACUGCUGUGAAUUUGUGUACAUAUAAUAUGAAAAUUUCUAUUGUACUCUUGAUUGUUCAAUGUCUAUUGUUAUUUAUAACCAAUGAUAUUUUCUCUUACAUCUUGAUAUUAUACAUUCCUAUGGGUAUCAUGUUAACUAGCCUUUGAUUGAUUCAUAUCAUUGUACUUUUUAUCACAUUGAUACAUAUCAAUCAAACUUUCAGAAAAUAGAUACUUCUACUAUAUGAUAUAAAGUGCAAUACAUACAUUUAAAUUUUCAUUAAAAUAAUAUUUUUCAGUACAA